AUGUUUAGUAUUUUAAAGAUCGCUGCAAUAAUAUGCGUUCUGAUAUUCGACACAAGUGGAUGCUCAAAUUUGAUAUUUAUUUAUCUGAUUAUGUUUGGUGGAAUUGAUUUUUACGAGCUUUUUUUCAAUAUUGGUGUCCUAUGCUAUGCAAAUGGAGGGCAACGGCACAUUUCUUCUUGGCUUGUGAAUAUUAUGUUAGCAUCAUGCGAAAGGUAAUGAUUAUGAAGCUUCAGGAUGAUUAUAUCAGUCGCUAUGUCAGUUGAAAUAAUUAGAGACAGAAAUUGUGUUAUACAUAGUAUAAUGGGAAUAUUAGCUAUGUGCCUUUGUGCUAUGACUUAUUUUAAAUGCAUAAUGUUGAUGAUUUACGCGCUGCUAUGACUUUGCUACAGGAAAAGGAAGAGAAGAGAAUUGCAGGAAACUGUUGAUAGCUUAAGACAAUAUUUGACUCCUAUGCCUGAAGGAGAGAUUUGCUCUAUAUGUAUGGAUCAUGAAGUAAGAGAAAGUGUGGUUUUGCGAUGCAACCAUUGAUUCCACAGAAGUUGCCUUGAAGAAUGAAUACAACGAAGAAUGGCUUGCCCUAUGUGCCGAAGGCCAUUGUAA